GCCUACUUUACACUCAUUUUGUAAAUACAUGUGGCAACAUUUAAAAUGUCAAUUGAAUAAUUCCUUCGACUGGCGAGAAAAUUGUGUAAAAAGUGAAAUAAAAAUUUACGAAAAUGUUAACACAAACUCUAAGAAAUGUUUGUAGAUUACCAGUGUUACACCAAUUACGUGCACAAUCAACGGCAGCCGCCGCUGUAGCCAGCGAAACAACACAACCUGAAAUUGAAGAUAUUGCGGCGAUUGAACAACGUAUUUUGAAACAUCCCGACUACUUCCAGGUGCACAAUUUAUUCACAGUACGCGAUCUGUUCAAUGCCCGUGUACAUUAUGGCCACAAGGAGGGUUCCUUAGACGAUCGCAUGCGUCCCUAUAUCUAUGGUAGUCGUUUGGGUCAUUUAAUUUUCGAUUUGGAUAAAACAGCAGCUCAUUUGCGUGAUGCCUUGAAUAUCACUGCUCACAUUGCCUUUAGAGAUGGUAUUAUUUGCUUCUUCAAUCGUAAUGCCUUAAAUGCCCAUUUGGUUGAGAAAAAGGCCAUGGAGGCGGGUGAGUUUUCGCAUACAAGAUUCUGGCGUGGUGGUAUAUUCACAAAUGCUAAUGUGCAAUUUGGUGCUGUAACACGUUUGCCGGAUUUGUGCAUUUUCCUCAACACACAAAAUAAUGUUUUGAAUCAACAUAUGGCGGUGAGAGAUGCCGCCAAAAUGGCCAUACCCACGGUGGGCAUAGUAGAUUCCAAUUGUAAUCCAAAUUUAAUAACCUACCCAGUACCUGGUAAUGAUGAUUCACCGUCAGCCGUGGAACUAUAUUGUGACCUUUUUAAGGCAGCCAUUUUGAGGGGCAAACAGAAACGUCGUGAACUGUUGGGAGAAGCGCCGGUCCAAGAACAGGCUGCUAAGAAACAUUAGAGUUUUUGUUAAAUUUUUGUAAAAAUGUUAAAGAUUAAAAUUAAAGAUAUUCAAAAAUUUGUUCUCUUAAA